AAUUAGCAGUAGCCUUUGAACCCAUUUUGGUUUAGUUUGUUGAUACUCCAGUAAAUCUCAUUGAAAACUAGAUAGGAAACAUGGAAGGUGUGAAGAGUUUGAUCAUGUGUGCUCUGGUGCUAGGCUUAGUCCUGCAGCAGGAGAAGAUCCAUGUGGAAGCUAAGAGCUGCUGCCCAUCCACCUCGGCAAGAAACGUCUAUAACUCAUGCCGUUUCGCGGGUGGCUCAAGGGAAGCCUGUGCUAAACUAUCUACCUGCAAACACUUUGAUGGGAGCUGCCAGCCACCUUACGAUCACCUCACCCUUAACUAUGAUGGGGGCUGCUGCCCAUCCAGCACGGCAAGAAACAUCUAUACCUCAUGCCGUUUCGUGGGUGGCUCAUAUGACUCUUGUGCUAGACUCUCUGGCUGCAAAAUUGAUUUUGGGAGAUGCCAGCCACCUUACGAUCACCUCACCCUUCACUCUGACACGGAGAAAUCAGAUGUACUUGACUUCUGCAAGCUGGGAUGUACUUCUUCAGUGUGCAGCAAGAUAAACACUUUUGCUGCCAAUGAAGGAGUGAAUGCUGCCGUGGAGCGUUGCGAGCAUGCAUGCGAUCGCUUCUGCACAAAUGAAGCUCAGACUGUCACCGUUGUGUCCUAAUCAAACGCAACAUGCAACCAGAAAGGGUUUCACACACAUCGAAGCCCAUACGAGGCUAUGAACCUGGAGUAGUCAUAAAUAAGUUGGAUAUCCUGAUAUCCAAGCCAGUGUGCUAUCAACUUCUCUUGUUUUGUGUCUCUUUGUAUUUCCAAUAAGCCAUGAUAAUUGCAAUAUGUUGUCUUGUCCUGAGGACAUGAGCAUACGAUAAGCGAUGAUAUCAUUGGCAAAUAAAUAAACUUUCUCAUUUGUUUUA